GCACGGGCGAGGAAGUAAGGAAAUCAAACGCGUGCGCAUAUCGGCGCAGCGAAACUGCAGACGCACUCGUGUUUCAUUUCUCUUUUAGAAGUUGUUCUUUAUUUCUUAGUGUUGUCUUAUUGUUGUCUCUCAGUCAGUCUGUUCAUCAUAAAGGAAAUCAUCAUUAAAGGUGCCUGCUUGGUUUCGGAACGUGUUUGUGACAUUUCUCCUUAUAGUGCUGAUUCCUGUUUCGCCUCUGAUGUGUCUCUGAGGUCUGCAAGCAUGAACUCUGAUGUUGCAUAUGAAAAGAUGGCUGAUGUGGAGUCGAGUAAAAGAGAGAGUCUUCUGAAACUCCAAAAGUAUUCCAGGUGUAUUCUGAUCCUCACCCUUCUCACUGCUGUGCUGCUCAUGAUGUUUAGCAUUCAAACACUUCUAAUUCCCUCAAUCUUAACAUCUGGCCCGAAGACAAAUCCUCCCAUCGCACACCCCUGCACUGAUACCUGCAGACUGGUACUGGUGGAGAGCAUCCCAGUGGGAUUGGAAUUCAACUCGUCUGUUGGUAAUCCAUCCAUCUAUCAGGCAUGGCAGAGUCUCUUGUCAGAGGCGCAGAGCAGUCUGGACAUUGCCUCGUUCUACUGGACCCUCACUAACGAGGACACACACACACAUGAGCCAACGGCCAAUCAGGGUGAGGAGAUCAUGCAGGAACUUGUAGAGCUUUCUGGGAAAAUCUCUGUGCGCAUCGCUGUGAACACUCCUCAGAAAAGACAGCCACAGCGUGACAUCCAGCUGCUUAUUAAUGCUGGUGCCGACGUGAGGGAUGUAAACAUGCGAGAUUUAACUACUGGUGUGCUGCACACUAAGUUCUGGGUGGUCGAUAAGAAGCACAUUUACAUCGGUAGUGCCAACAUGGACUGGAGAUCCUUAACUCAGGUGAAGGAGCUCGGUGCUGUGGUAUAUGACUGUAAGUGCCUUGCUGAUGACCUCGGGAAAAUAUUUGAAGCCUAUUGGUUCCUUGGUGAGAGCAAGACAAUACCUGCACCCUGGCCCAGCCAAUACGCUACAGCCUUUAACAAAGACACACCAAUGCAGCUGCCAAUCAACGGGACAGACUCUAGAGUUUACCUGUCGAGUUCUCCUCCAUCUUUGUGUGCUGAGGGCAGAACUUCAGAUCUUCAGGCUAUUUUAAGUGUUAUUAACGAUGCACAGCGGUUUGUUUACAUUGCUGUGAUGGACUACCUGCCCGCUGUGCAGUUCUCAUUUCCUAAAAGAUACUGGGCUGAUAUUGACACUGAACUGAGGCGUGUGGCAUUCGAGAGGAAGAUUCAUGUACAUUUGCUGAUCAGUUGCUGGAACAACACCUCUGAAGACAUGUUCCCAUUUUUACGCUCGCUUGCAUCUGUACAGGAUUCAAAGAGUAACCUCGACAUUCAGGUGAAAAUCUUCAUCGUUCCCAGCAGCCCUAGUCAAAAGGAAAUUCCCUUUGCUCGAGUGAACCAUAACAAGUACAUGGUGACAGACAGAGUUGCCUAUAUAGGAACGUCAAACUGGUCUGGCGAUUACUUUGUGAACACAGCAGGCUCAGCGUUAGUGGUGAAUCAGACUUCGACCUCAUCAUCAGAAUCCACAGUGAGAGAACAGCUGCAGGCUGUGUUUGACAGAGAUUGGGAUUCUCCCUACAGCACUCCACUCAACCACAACAGCGACCUCAAACAGAUCUGUGAAAUAUAAUACAGAACCAGCAGGGGGCACCUUAAAUCUCCCUUGUGUUCCAGUGUCGAUUUAACACGGCCUCAUCAACUUCACCUAACACCUACACUCUUAAAAAUAAAGGUUCCAUAUAGAACCAAAAAGGGUUUUUCAGCCUGAUGCCAUAGGAGAAUCCUUUUAAGUUGCACAAAGAAAAGUUUACUCUCAAGUUCUUCACAGAACCAUCUCUUUACUGGUGCUUUAACGAACCCACAAAUGGUUCUUCACAGUAGUGCCACAAGGAACCAUCUUAUGUUACCUAUAAAGUUCUCUAUAAAAAAUGAAAUUAAAGUUUAAAAAAAAAAAAAAAACUUACUUGGUGCUUUAAGGAACCACAGUAAGGUUCUUAAGAGUGAUGUCUGCCAGGGGCACUUUAUAGGUUUCACUUUAACCUGUUAAGGGAUAAUAUUUUGAAGAACCAAUACACUGCUCUGAAGAACCUAUAAUGAAUCAUAAAGAACUUCUUUAAUCUCCAAAGAACCAUAAGGCUCAACUCAAGAACCAUAUACAAUGAAAAAUGGUUCUUGACAAGAAGAAGGUUUUUUGAAGAACCUAUGGUGCUGUAAAGAACCAGUGAAGAACAUUUAUUUUUAAGAGUGUAGGCCAUGUAAGGGGAGGAGUAUUUGGGAACACACUCAACCUGUGCAGCUGGAACAAUAUAGCUGAAUUGUUUCCUCUCAGAUUUACAUCUUUGGUUGCCUUUACACACAAAAAAAUAAAUAAAUAAAAAAAUUGCAAGUUGACAUGUAGCAUAAUAAAACACAACCUGAACCCAGGUAAUGAAAGAUAAAUGUUUCAAUCAGAUGGCAGCGGUUUGCCUUUUGGUUUACUCGAGUUUCUAAAUUCUGUAGUGAUGUUGACUUGAUUCCAGAUCCAGCACUUUUCUAACUAACUUGAGAUGAUUGAGUAACAGAAUGGCCAAUACGAUAGCAACUACAAGAAAGUCAAUAAGGGUAAGAAAGGAAGAAAAAAAAAAACUUGGAACAGAGGGCAUGUUGUUCAGCCCAGUGCACAAUCAACUGUUUGCAACUCCUUGCACUACAUAAACGAUAACACAAUGAACAUAAUUGAGGGAACUUCAAUACGGAAUGUUUACAUCUUCACAAUUUCCUUUUUUUCCUGCAUGACUCAGUUAUUACAGAUAGCAUUAUAAUCCACUUGCACUUUGGUGUAAAAACGAUGGUUUGGCCAAAAAUGAAUAUUGUCUCCCUACUCCAAAUGUAGUCGAUCAGCCAAGACACGUUUGGUGUCCUGGUAGGAGGAAUGGAUUUCUGAUUUCCAAAGGGUAAAAGCAGGAAUGUAUGUUAGAAGUGAUUUGGUUGAUAGUAAAUUUUCCUUACUUGUUAGCUACAUUGCUUUUGUAGCUGCAGUGGAAACCUAAAGAAGCAAACUUCAGAUCAAGCACGUCUUCGCUGUUGACUGAUGAUGCACUGAAGGCAGUAAUGCUUUCUUUUGCCAAACUAUCGUGCUUACAGCUGCGAUACAUUCUACUGUUUUUGUCUUUUGUAACAAAGGGAAUUUAAACCCUGUACCUGGACAGAUGCAUGUGUUUUAUUAAUAUUUUAGUAGCAUUUUUUAAAUUAAACUGGUAUGAAUUUUAUUUCCUCAGGUAAAUCUAUAGCUGAUCACUGAUGCCCAGAAGUCUCAGAAUAAUUAUGCUGCUGUCAUUUAGCUGCCUUAAAUGUUACUUGAAAUGCAUUACCAUUUGUACCUAUUAUGUUUUUGUGUUUCUUUUCAGUGAAUAAAUACUUUUACUCAC